CCUCCCUGCGUGCUGGGGGGUGUGGGCGAUCUCCACCUCGAUGCCAAAGGGAAAAGCUGAUUUCUGCCCCGACCUGUGGAAUAAACCAGGUCCGUGGGGAGAAAUAAUUGGUGAAAUAUUUCAGGAUUUCUGACUCUGCUCGCGUCUUUCCCUCCAAGGAAAACACAACCUCUUCCGAUUCCACCCCGUGACUUGCUGGGGAAUAGCAGGUUGCAGAGCCUGGAGAGGAGGAAGCGGGGCCAGACUCUGCUCCCAAGGACAGCCAGGGCUGCUGCCAGUGCAGAGGAGCAAUUCCCUUCUUUACAGGAAAAAGGUGGGUCACAAACCGUGCUCAGGAACCACGGAUCUCCUUAAAACUUGUUUCGGGCCUCUGCUGGCAGAUCUGACAGCUUGAAGGUGUCGUGCUUGGAAACUCGGUUCUCAACCUGUGCAUUUCUCUGUGCAUUUGAAAGCAACGGGAGAUUGCUCCAGAUUUGAUUUUGCCAGGUGGAAAAGGGAUUGACAUCGCAGCCUUAUCUCAACAGCUGCUGGUGGCAAAGCCGAGGAGGCCAGAAACUGUCUGAGGAGAUUUUUAGGGAAAAUGUUGGCAGCCCAUUUUGAUUGCCCAGGGGGCCCAGAAAAUCUCUAUGUGAAAGAAGUGAUGAAACCACAUCCAGGAGAAGGAGAAGUUCUUGUGAAGGUCUCUGCGAGCGCUCUGAAUAGGGCUGAUUUACUCCAGAGGAGAGGGAAGUAUCCUCCCCCCAAAGGAGCAAGUGAUAUUUUAGGCUUAGAAGCAGCUGGAAGUGUGGCUGGGCUUGGACCUGGCUGCAAGGGCCAGUGGAAGAUUGGCGAUGCAGUGAUGGCUCUGCUCUCCGGAGGUGGCCAGGCAGAAUACGUUACGGUACCCGAAGGCUACCUGAUGCCAGUUCCAAACGAUAUGACUUUUAUUGAGGCUGCAGCCAUUCCCGAAGCCUGGCUAACAGCCUUUCAGCUGCUGCAUUUUGUAGGUAAAAUACAGAAGGGGGAGAGAGUGUUGAUCCAUGCCGGAGCUAGCGGCGUUGGUAUGGCAGCCAUUCAGCUGGCAAAACUGGCAAAAGCUAUUCCCAUCGUGACAGCAGGAACUCAGGAGAAACUCAAAGCGACAGCAAACGCUGGAGCAGCUGCAGGGUUCGACUACAAAAAUGAAGAUUUUAGUGAAAAGGUCUUGGAGUUCACCCAAGGUUCUGGAGUAGAUAUUAUUUUAGAUUGUGUUGGUGGCUCUUACUGGGAGAAGAACCUCAACUGUUUGAGUACUGAUGGACGGUGGAUUAUUUAUGGACUACUGAGCGGAGGUGAUGUCCAUGGAGAUUUGCUUGCAAGGCUGCUUUCCAAAAGAGGGAGCAUUCAUACAAGUCUAUUAAGAUCACGAGACAAGGAGUAUAAGGAAAAGCUGGUGAAAGCCUUCACAGAAAAUGUGCUGCCGUAUUUUGCCCGAGGAGCCUCCCCUCGCCUCGAGCCAUUUGUCGACAGCGUUUACCCUCUGCAUGAGAUCGCAGAGGCACACAGGGCAAUGGAAGAAAACAAGAAUAUUGGCAAAAUUGUCAUUGAAAUGCCUGUUUCAACUUAAAAUUCAACUUAAAAAAAAAAAAGCGGCAUUUUAAAAAAAGAUGAAACUACUGCUGUAGUUACUUGAUGGGUAGGAGCACUAUGGAUGUUGUAAAAGCAGAGAUUCAGCAAUGUCUGCUUCCCUAUCUGGAAUGAUUUAUUGUGGAAUGACUCAAAAAAACGAGGUGCAAGGCAAGGCCUUACAGGACACAUUUAAUAAAAAGACUCACGUUGCU